CUUCUACCAUAACUUUGGGGUUUCCUGAACUGCAACCAUGGUUGGUUAGCGAGUCUCUCGCUCAAUCGCCCAAACCGCACCCACAACCUCCCCAAUGCGGCUUGUUGGUAGUGCAGCAACACGUUGGCCAGCAUACCUUAUGGAUAGGAGGAGCAUUGUUACCUGAGCAAACGGGCAUGUCGCCAUAACGUGACAACUUCGCCAAAUUCAAACAGUCUUGCCUUGAAUUCCUAACGGCUGGCCAAAAUGACCAAACUGGACGGUGACCUGGACCCACUAUGGCAGGAUCUCGACUGGGCCAUUGGGCAGAUGCUGCUCAUGGGAUGGGACGGCACCGAGGUCACCCCGCAGAUCCGUCAUCUCAUCGAGGAGCAUCACCUCGGAUCCAUCCUCUUGACCGCAAAGAACCUUAAAUCCGCCCAGCAGACGGCAAAGCUGGUACAGGAGCUGCAGGCAAUUGCCCGCCAGGCGGGCCAUCCUCAGCCCCUGCUAAUUGCCUUGGACCAAGAGAAUGGUGGUGUCAAUAGUCUCUUCGACGAUGACUUCAUUUGCCAGUUCCCUAGCUCCAUGGGUCAGGCCGCCGCCGGGAACGCUGACCUCGCCUACCAGAUCGCCAAAGCCACAGCAACAGAAGUCUCGGCCGUUGGCGUUAACCUGAUCCUUGGGCCUGUCUUGGACGUUCUGACAAAUGCUCGCUAUCAGCCGCUCGGCGUCAGGGCCACCAGCGAUGACCCCCAGGAGGUGUCACAGUAUGGCAUCGCCGCCAUGAAUGGGUAUAAGGACGCUGGCGUGGCAACUUGCGGGAAGCAUUUCCCGUCGUAUGGGAACCUCGAUUUCCUCGGCUCCAGCUUGGACAUGCCCAUCAUAACACAGACCCUAGAGGAGCUCUCUCUGAGCUCCCUCGUCCCUUUUCGCAACGCCAUUGCUACGGGAAAGCUGGACGCCAUGUUUGUCGGCGGCUGCGGCAUCAGCAACCCAUCUAUGAACGUCAAUCAUGCUUGCUUAUCCGACCAGGUCGUCGACGACUUGCUCAGAAAUGAGCUGGGUUUUCGAGGCGUGGCCAUUUCCGAGUGCCUCGAAAUGGAGGUCCUCCGAAACGAGAUUGGCGUCAAAACUGGCACCGUCAUGGCCGUUGAGGCUGGCGUCGAUCUGGUGUUUCUCUGCCGCGCCUACGAUGUUCAGCUCGAGGCUAUCUCGGGUCUGAAGCUCGGGGUAGAAAACGGGCUGAUAACCAAGGAUCGUAUAUACACAUCACUCAGGCGCGUCCUUCAUAUGAAGAACUCGUGCACUUCAUGGGCCAAGGCAUUAAACCCGCCAGGCAUCUCGUUGUUGUCAAAGAUCCAUCCCAGUCAUCGUGCGCUUUCGCUGAAGGCUUAUGAUGAUUCCAUAGCCGUGAUAAGAGACAACGAGAAGCUGCUUCCGUUGACCGGGUGGAUGCACCGGGAAGAGGAACUGCUCUUGCUAACACCCUUAGUGAAACCGCUUCCUGCCACCUCAAUGACCAAGACACUUCUCGAGUCAAAGAACAAGUCCGAUACCCCGCCUCUAGUGCAUGACAGCCCAUGGGUAGCACAUCGCGAUCGGGGGUCCAUAAUGAGCGGCGAAGGGGUGUUUAGGGAACUCGGAAGAUCGCUUGCUCGCGCUCGCCAUGGCAAGCUGCUACACACCUCGUACACUGCCAACGGUGUCCGACCAGUGCACGAGCAUUUGAUUAACCGCGCGUCGUGUAUCAUCCUUGUAACGGCCGAUGCCAACCGAAACCUAUAUCAAGCUGGCUUCACCAAGCAUGUCUCCAUGAUGUGUUCAAUGUUGAGGGCCAACGGGCAACGAAAAUCUUUGGUCGUGGUUGCUGUCAGUUCGCCUUACGACUUCGCCAUGGAUAAAUCGAUCGGGACCUAUAUCUGCACCUUUGAUUUCACCGAGACGGCCAUGUCAGCCCUGGUGCGCGUAUUGACCGGCAGCGUCAAACCGCACGGAACUUUACCAGGUACACUGAGGAAGAGCAGAAAGGUGCUAAAGUCCAGACAACACUGGCUUGUCGAAGCCUACGACCGGGACCGAGAUGCCAAGGGGUUGAGCGAUCUCUUGCAGGCGCUCGCCCGAGCGUGCGCCCCUGCCAACCCGUUCCUACAGACAACCAAUCCGCAUACUUUCGAAUUAUCUGACCCGAACGUCGAGGAAUCCCAUUUUGUGGUGCGAAACAGCAGCACGCAGGCCCUGUACGGAUUUUGCUCGACCUACUACAUCGAAGGGACGGGUAUCAUCGGCGCCCUGUUCGUGGACCCUACUAAACGCAACGUAUCAAUAGGGAGAUCACUGCAGCGCAGGGCCCUGCGCGGGCUUAUCCAGAGGCGGGGCCUCAAGAAGCUGCAACUUGGCACAUGUUUCCCGGGCGUCUUUCUAGGAAUCCCCACAGAGGACAGCGUUGGUCUCAAGCAGUGGUUUGCCAACAGCGGGUGGGAUCUGCAAUUCCCCAAACGCCUGACGAACAUGACGGUCGGUGUCUUGGGUAACUGGAGCGCCCCCGAGGGUCUCCUGCAGUCUAUCCAGCGAGCCAACAUCAGUUUCGAUCUCAUCCAUGGGCUGGACAAUGCCGAGAGCGUGCUCGAUCAUGUCGCGGCCCAUUCAGACCCUGAGGUGUUAGAACUGUAUAGAUUUGCUCUGCAAGAGACGAAGACGUGCGGUGUCGUCCGGGCAAAGAACGCGAUGGAGAGCUUGCUAGGAACGGUCAUUAUUUGCAGCCCGGGUAGCACGCUGGCGAAUUUUAUCCCCCCGUUGCAGACCCCAACUACUGAUGAGCACGACCUCAUCGGAGGCAUCAUCGCGCCAAUCGUGCCUCCAUCGACAGCGCAGGCAAAUCUGGUACUUCAAGGGUUGGCGCUCAUGGGGCUGAGGCAGAACAAGGCGCACAAGGCACUCAGGAGCGUCCUUAGCUGGGUAGAAGGCGAGGCACACGAGCCGUUGCUUGCCAUGGGAUUCGAGGUUCUCCACGCCUUUGAGCAGUUUACUAAUUCUCCAGACAAUUGGCGGGAUCUUGCCUAGUUCUCAUCUUUUUACGAUGUGAGACUGGUGCCCGGAUGAGAGAACCUCACAUGAGAUCCCUGGCUUCUCAGGGGCUCUCGAAGUCAACACCGUUUUCUGUGUGGCGUUGCACACUGUUUUUGGUAGUUUGUCUUCACCUACCACCAUUCCCCCUUGUGACAAACAAUACACAAGAUUUGUAUCAUGUAUCAGAGGCAUGGUGGAUGUGUUGUGCAAGUACGUAUAAAACCUCUUGCAUUGUCUACCAGGUAAUUACAUAACUCGAAGCUGUCGUGUGCUACGGCACCGCGGCUGGCGCUGGCAACCCUCUGAUGAACAGAACCAAGCACCAAAGCGCUAAAAGUCCUGGUGCGGUGAUGCUGCCAGGUUCCCCGCAAUAAUUACUUUGGUAGCGUUGCCAAGCGCCUCUAGUGGCACGUGGUCGGGAAAGGCCCAGAAGCCAGACAACCGACAGGAUAAAUAUGGACAGGAGUUGCCAA